AUGAUUCGCCUAUUAAAUACUUCGACGUACCGGUUCCAGGAGUUUCACACCAUUGUCCCACCUUACGCCAUUUUAUCACACACCUGGGGCAGCGAUGAAGUCCUCUAUCAAGAUAUUCUCAAAGGCUUCUGCAGCGUAUCCAGCCACCCGGGCUUCUCCAAGGUCCAAGGCUGCUGCGCGCAAGCUCGGUCGGUCGGAUUUCAGUGGGUGUGGAUCGACACGUGCUGCAUCGACAAGACUUCUGGGGCCGAGAUGGCGGACGCUAUCAACUCCAUGUACAGGUGGUAUAGCGAUGCCGGAGUCUGCUAUGUACACUUAGCCGACGUGCCCCGGUUUCGCUUUUCCGACAGCGUAUGGUUCGAGAGAGGCUGGACCCUCCAGGAAUUGCUGGCGCCUAGGGAUGUCGAGUUCUACACCUCGGACUGGGUCGAGAUCGGGACCAAGGCAAGCCUCGAGUCCACCAUUUCGAAAGCGACGGGAAUUAGCGUAGACAUCCUUCGCGGGAAGCCGCCCCAGUCGUGCACGGUUGCGGAGAGACUGAGCUGGGCGGCGAGGCGGCAAACGACGCGGGUGGAGGACGAGGCCUACUGCCUGAUGGGCAUCUUCGACGUCAACAUGACCAUCCUGUACGGCGAGGGCCAGCGCGCCUUUGAGCGGCUGCAGCAGGAGAUUUUGAGGCAGACGGAGGACUUUAGCAUCCUGGCCUGGUCGCCAUGGAGUCCUGCCGCUUUCAAGAGGACGGAUUUGACGUCCUACCUGCCGGCCACGACGUUUGGCUUCGAUGACGCCGAAUCGAUGCUCCUGGCCGACAUGGGCUCGUUGGAGUGGGCAGACCUCGAGCCGCACAAGUGGAACUCACGGUCGAAUCUUUUGCCGUUGCACCAGUUCCUCUUCGACCCACCAGCGAUUACGAGCCGGGGCAUCUCGAUGACGCUCCCCAUCGACCUGGACGAGCUGGACGACGGAGGGGAUGACGCGAUGCAAGGCCGAAGCGGGACGAGGGACGUCCUAGCUUGGGUGUACACGGACGUAUCGGCCUCCCGGCUCGCGACCAACACGUCCCGCUCCUCGUCGAGGACCAGCUCCCGCGCCAGCCGGCAAAGCAUCACAGAUCACGGCAUGAUGAUUUGCAUCUGGCUCACCAUCUCCUUUAAUAACCUCGAGGACCGAGACGCGCCGCUCCGGGCAGUGCGCACGCCGGGCAAGGGUCCCGUGUGCGUGCCCAUGAUUUUCCUGCACCGCUUCCAGCCGCGGCACAUGUACCUGCAGUACGCGCCGGAGCGGCAAGCUCCGCGGUCGACGCGGCGCAGGGCAACGUCCCUCGUGUACGAGCCCAACGCGCGGGCGCUGCAGGUGGCGCUGAGCGAGCGGCCCGAGUCGGCGACGCGCGUCAAGAUCGUGUCGCAUUAUCCGCAAAAGGCGGUUUUCCAGAGACCGGUGGCGGAGGCGCGAGAUCCGGCGACGGACGCUAUUAUUCCGGGCCGGAACGGGGCGGUGUGGAGUGCGCCCAAGGAUAGCUUCGCGGUGGUGACGUCGAGUGGGUGCGCGAUCGAGGCGGCGGGGGCGCUGCGCAUCAAGCUGAGGGCUCCGUCGCCGUCGCCGCAGCCACAGUCACAGUCACAGUCACAGUCACAGUCGCAGUCGCCCAACGGUGUCGGGGAGGAAAGAAAGGAGGCGGCAGAACCGGCGCCCGCCCAGUUCGUCGCCCUGUUUGCACACCCACACCCGCGAGAUCCGUUCAAGUGCCACCUCGAAAGGGUGACGGAGGAGGACUUGGCCGGGGACGAGCAUCAGUUUUGGCCGCGGUUCCUCUCCCAGAGGAAACGGACGACCAACGAAGUCCUACCCUUGGCCAGCGAUCGCAGCUCUUUAGUUUUUCCGUGUGGCGUCUCGGUCAAGGCGGCGAUCCGCAAGCAGCGAAUUGGCCCGCUUGAGCCGUUUGUCCCCACAAUGACGCUGAGCUUAACGACAUUGGCGGAAGGACAAGAGUCGCUGGAGACAAUGGAGCAGCUGCUGUCGAUCAAUGACUGA